AUGUCGCAGCUCGAGGUCGAGGAGACUACUCGCCGCGUGUUCGGCACCGACCAAAGCCCCCACGCUGGACCUCCCUCCCAGCGGCUCGACAAUAUCCUGCGCGGACAACGCCACGGAAGCUUGGACUCACGAGGAGUUCCGUGCCCCUACACUCUCGAGGAAUUCCGAAAGGUGUACCCUCAUCGGCUCGACCCCUCGGCAAAACUCACCGUGGAGCAAGAGGAAGAACUGGCGCGCCGCGGAGCCGAAGAGCUUCGCCAGCAAAGCCUCGCCGAAGCGCGCGGCACCUUCGCUUGCGGCGCAUGGGGAGCCGAAGCGGAAGAGAGUGCCUCCAAUGAAGGGGGUGGGGAAGCGCUGGCGGAUGGGGAACAAGCGACACCGGUGGAUGGGGAGACAACGGCGGAACAUGGGCCAACGCGAGCGGCGGAUGGGGCGCCGUACCUACCGCCGCAGACAGCGGCUGAUAUUCCCCCGCGUCGCGACCCUUGGGACACCAUCAUCUGGGGCAACGAGCCGUCAACCCCGCGUCGCACCGUCUACGGACCUGCCCUUGAGCCACGCCAACCUACCUUAGUCCCUGGAACUAUCCCUGGGACCAACAUCCCACUUUCUGAAAUUCGCGACAGAGAGUUCUUGGCGCUGAUGCUGACUACCGCGGCAGAAGAAGAAGAAGUAGAAGAAGUAGCAGCAGAACCCGUUCCUGCACCUGACGAAGACCCUGAGGAAGCACGCGCGCGCUAUAUGCGCACCUCCGGCUUUCGCGCUGACGAUGCACUCUGGCACCAGCGCCUCGGACAUCCUUCUCGCGCGACGCUGGAAAACUGCAUCGACGCAGGUGUCUUCGCUCCUGGCGCACUCCUGCGCCCUGAUGGCUCCGAAGUGAGUGGCGCGACAUAUCCGCGCAACUGCACCGUCUGCCCCGAAGCUGCGCUGAGCCACCAACCGUUCCCGCUGCUCGAACCUGGAACCAACCGCUACCCCAAGCUGCAGAAGGUGUACAGCGAUUUCUUGAACGUGGGGCAUCGCGGAGUCGAGGACGAGCUAUACACUCUCACCUUCAGCGAUUUCUUGCGCUAUGUGUGGGUCGUGAACGUGGAGUCGCGCGACAGAGCCUACGAGGUAUUUCGCCUCUGGCUGCCGCAUGCGGAGCGGCAAUCUGGAAAGAAGCUCAAGAUUUGGCAGUCUGACGGCGCGGCAGAAUUCAAGAGCAAUCAGAUGCAGACAUUCCUAACACAAAAGGGGAUCGAGCAUCACAUCUCCCUCCCCUACGCGCACCAGCACCAGGGCGUAGCUGAGCGAACGAACCGCACGCUGAUGACGAAGGUGCGCGCGCUGAUGAAGCAGUCGAAACUGCCGCCGAUCUACUGGACUUACGCGAUGCACCACGCCGUGCGGGUGCACAACCUGCUUUCGACCACCGCAAAUACCGGCAACUUGUCCCCGCACAUCAAGUGGACAGGAACCAAGGGAGAUACCUCCAUGCUCCGCGUAUGGGGAUGCAUGGUUCAAUACCGCCCGCCUACAUCAACCAUCGGCAAGUUCGCCAGCCGCGCGCGCUGGGGGAUUCACCUCGGCAUCAGCCACGAAUACAAGGCGUGGACCGUGCUGGACCUCCUCAGCCAGAAGACCGUCCAUGCCCGCGACGUAAUCUUCUAA